UUUACGCAACUUGCAUGCACAUGUGUGUGUUAAUUCAAUCAAUCCGCCAAAAUGUACCGCUACUUGUUAAACAUUUCAUACAUUGGUACAAGUUUCCGUGGUAUACAGAAAACGAUAAAUAAAGCAGCGGAAUCGCAAGUGGAUACAAAAACUAUACAAGGCUGCAUUGAGUUGGCUUGUCGAGCGUUGCAUCCCAAAAACGAAAUCCAAACUGUGCUUUCAAGUCGCACUGACGCUGGUGUGCAUGCAUUACAUUCAACGCUUCACAUUGACUUAGAACGCCAUAACUCGGAGCCCUAUGAAACUGCUAAUAUCACCAGCAUUUUGAAUCGCAUGCUUCAUAAAAAUGCGUUACCGAUACGGGUAUUGAGUACCCAACAAGUUCCGAACACUUUCCACAGCCGCUAUCAUGCACGAGGACGCACAUACUUGUACCGAUUUGCUGUGGCCAAAAAUGGUAUUACUGAUACCGAUCGCCUGAAGAAUCAAAACUUUAGAGCUUUUAUACCAGUGGAGGAAAUAGACCGUUGCCUUUUUCUACAAAACGGUAGAUUUGAGAUUGAACGGCUGCGCGAGGCAACACGAAUGUUUCUCGGUUUACAUGAUUUUCGCACUUUUUCGAGCGUCAGUCGACAACACAGCCCUACACGCGAUCAUCCUAGAUACACAGUACGCACCAUCGAUGAAAUAACAUUGAAACCUGGAAAGUCUGCUGCGAUCGGCUCAAAUGCUGAAUUGGCCGAAGACAUUUACGAUUAUUGGGAAAUAGAGUUCAAAGCAAAAGCAUUUCUUUACAAACAAGUGCGGCGCAUUGUUGGCACAUUAAUCGCUGUAGCUACUGGUCGUAUCGAUGAGCAAUCUGUGUACCAAAUGCUGACGAUCCCAUCGAAAAAUUCUUGGGAUCAUCGCAUAUUGCUCUCACCACCAUUUGGGCUUUACCUAUGUCGAGUGCACUACGAUGAAAAAGAUUUAAAGUUGCCUUUUAUUGUCAAUGAAAAUGAGUUUCCUCCAGCAGCUACAGUCUAAACGCAAGGCUUUGAAAGCCACUGCCACCACUGUAACCACAGCAAGUGGCAAACGUUUCAUCGAAGCAAACGCAACUACCUCAACACCAAUACAACAACUACCAGAACAGUGUUAUGGUUUCGUUGUUGAUACUAAACCAGAUACCACACCUGCAUGUAUUCUAACCGAUUUCCUCUACUUGGGCUCACAAGAUGCUGUAAAUAGUGAAAAUAUAAGUGCAUAUAAGUUAACACAUAUUUUAAGCGUUGGCAUUGAGACACCACACUUAGUUGGUGAAAAAGUGCAUACCAAAUUUCUGUCAUGUCUCGAUUUGCCCGAAACACUACUUUUAGAGCGUGUCAUUCCAUCAGCAAACCAAUUCAUUGUGGACGCGGCGUUGUCUCGCGGUCGUGUGCUAGUGCAUUGUAAUGCUGGUGUUUCGCGCGCGGCCAGCAUUGUUAUUGCUUAUUUAAUAUUAGUGUGUGGUAUGCCGUUUGACGUUGCCUAUGCGUUAGUAAAGUCUAAACGCGAAUGCAUACAACCAAAUAUAGGAUUUAUUAAACAGUUAAAACAACUUAGAUUAGACGCAGUGUAGUUCUAUGUAAGUAAUUUUACUUUAUAACAGUAGUGUAGUUGUAGUUUAGUAAGCAGUUUUGUAGUCGCAUUUAGAAUACAAUUAAAUUGAAACUUUGUAAUUAUUUAAGAGCUCUUGCCUGUUUCAAAAUAUUAAUGGACUGAGAUUGUUGCCUGGUGCUCCAAACUGUAUGCACUGCGUGAGCAUUUUCAGCGAUACCAAUAUAAAAUCUGUUUGAAAUAUAUUAAUUCAAUAUAAUUGUAUGUAUGAGUUAGUUGCUUGAACUUGAAGCGCUAAUUGUUUUGACCCUCUUGAAGUACUUUCAGCUUAGUUUGUAGUAAUACAUUUUGAAUUGAACCUUUCGUAAGCCCAAAUUUUCGGUCAAAAUGCGAUUAAUCGAUGUUUUGGAGAUGUUCAAUUCUAUUUCCAUGAAUUUCAAUGAUGACUUCAGCUGAUUUUUGAUGAAUUCACGCACAAUUUCGAUGGAAUUUCCGGUGAUUACAGAUUUUUUGAUUGACCCACAUGUUAAUCGUCAUUUAUGUCCUCACGACCACUUUGAAAACGUUGAAACCACUCGUGCACUCUGCUACGGGAUAGGCAAUCAUCGCCAUAAACUUUUUUCAUCAAUUGAAAAGUUUCGGUAAAAGUUUUACCAAUUUUAAAACAAAAUUUAAUGUUGGCUCUUUGUUCGAAGCUCAUUUUCGCUCCGAUAACACAAACAUACUGACACUUAAAACGCAAUAACUUCACUUCCAAUUGAUGAAAUGUCAUGAAAUUCUCACUGGACAAUCGAAAAAGAUAGCAGUUUCUAACGCAGCAGUCGACAUAUAGAUGGCGAGACCAGGAGCGCUAGAUUCAAAAAGUCCUGUUUACUUCGGAACCCAUCUUGUAUAAGUGAUCAACGUAUCGAGCUGAGUCUGACUCGAUUUAGCCAUGUCCGUCUCUCUGUAUAUACGCGACCUAGUGACUUAAUUUUUGAGACAUCGAUCUGAAAAUUUUCAAACGUUUUUUUUUUAUCCAAGCAGCUAUUUAUUUGUCGGAACCGCUGAUAACGAACCACAAUAGCGUACAGCUGCCAUACGAACUGAACAUUCAAAGUGAUGUCCUAGUAUGGAAAGCUUUUAUUGUUUGACGAGUUGACUUUACAAAAUUUACCACAGAGAAAUGUUGUUAUUGUUGU